GAACUUAUUAUUCUAUGGGAAAUGGGCAGAGUGGUAUAAUAAUACGACUAAUGGGACUUUAUCUAUGCUAUUAGCUGUAAGAUAUUUAGCAUUACAUUCCCAAACAGAACCAAAAAGUAAAAACUUUCUAAAAACAUUCAAGGGAAAAAAUUGUAAACGAAACGUUCCUAAAGGUAAGGUUGUAUUCAAAUCUACAUAAGAAUAUAAAAUGGACAUGGGUGAUCAAUACGAUGAUGAUUUCUAUGAAUAUCCUGAUGAGGACAGAAUGAACAUACCUGAUAUGGGACUACCUAUGAACCCUCCAAACAGUUUUGGAAACAAUCGAUAUCGUUAUGCUUAUGGUGCUUAUAGAGGAGGUUAUGGGUCUGUGGGUGGAAGAGGGGGAUUUGGCCCACCAAGAAACUUUGGCCCGCCACCUAAUUUUGGUCCGGGGCCUGCAAAUUUUCAUGACUCUCAUGGAUCUGGAUUGUGGCCUAGAGGACCGCCGUUUCUAUCUAGACCACAAAAGAGUGACGCUAUCAAAUAUUUAAUUAAGUGUGGUGUACCACGAGAACAUUUAAGGAAUUUACCAAGAGAUUUGUUGCGUCUUAUCAAUCCUGAUUACUGCGGCCUAUGUGCUGUAGAAUUGGAUUCCUUUUCUGUGUCCCGUGUCCAUUAUAAUUCAAAAAAUCAUCUGAAAAAUCAAAAGAAAUGGAUGAACAAUCGAGUGGAAUUUGGAGGUCAACGUGGUAAGAUGAUACCCAUGAAAUCUCGUGAUUUAUAUUGCGAGCUGUGUGAUGUGGAGAUCACUUCAAAGCCUCAUUCUGAGUCGCACUAUGCUGGAAGAUCUCAUCGAGCAAUUGUUGAGGAACGUAAAAAUCCGAAGAAUCCAAUGUUACUUCAACCUGGUAUGGAGGAUCGUGUUAAACAAUUAAUUCGGCGAGAGAAAAAGUUUUUGCCACCCAUUGAAGAGGCAGAGGUCGAGGACAAACCGCAGGUUGAAAAGCCGACUUCACCAGAGCUAUAUUGUGAUAUUUGCAAGACUUUUGUGACAUGCACUGAGCAAAUGACAUUACAUUUGAAUGGAAAGAAACAUCUUAACAAGGAGAAGCAAUAUAUCUUAAGAAUGAUGAAGGGAGAUAUGAACCCUAAUGAUGAAACCCCUAAGAAGGAUAAGGGAGAAGAAGAAGAUGCUGGCCAUGGCGCGGAUGACGAAACUGAAGAAGGUGGGGAUGGUAAAGCAGCUGACGAUAAUGAUGAUUGGGAAAAUAACGGCGAAAACUGGGAUGAACCGGAAACUAAAAUCUAAUUAUUUUAGCUACGGAUGAAGAUUACUUCUUGAUUGUCCAGUUGGAUGGAAGCACUAUUAGUUCUGAAAAUUAAUACAUAAUUUCAUAAGAUAUUUUACGCAGAUGUGUGAAUUAUAAUCAAUUUAAAUGUUA